AUGAGUCGGCCAAAGCUCGACGGCACAGCGCUCGACUUGUUCGCGCGGCGGCCGGCGCGGAGCUUCAUGACGCAGUUGAGCUUCGUCGAUGCAGCUACGACGACACAAGAUGGGGAAGAAGCUGGAUACCGACCGCGACAAGUCGUUGAGCUCAGUGGGACAAGCGACGCGCCCACGACUCGCGUGCUCGAGCACGUUGUGGUCGCUUUCAUCACGAAAAGCUGCAAAGCGCACGCUCAGGCGGCACAAGAGCGCGCGUUUAUCUUUGACCACGAGUAUCAAGUGUCCGUCGAUCGGAUCGCAGCGCUCGUGGCUCGUAACGUGGCUGCUGGACAGCAAGACGAGGCCGUGAGGGAAGCGCUGAGUCGAGUGCAGCUGUGCCAUUGUCGGGACUCGUUCCAGUGGCUUGCGACGCUCAAUCACUUGCAUUACGAGCUCUUGGACGCACCUACAGCACCUUUGAUGCUGGUUUUCAACAGCGUCGGGUCUUUUCAGGCGAUCGACAAGAUGACAGCUAAGAGCGUGGGGAGUGGACUCGCGCUGUCGGAUCAAGUAUUUGUUUUUCUGAAACAGUUCAUCCAGCAUCAUUCGCCAAUUGUUUUUGCGGCAAAGGAGCUGAUGAAAAGCUCUCGGGAUCCUUGGGACCAUACUGAGUACAUGCCUUCGUCAUGGACUUCCCAGGUCACUAAGCGGAUUUUGCUUCGGAUGCCUGCACCGCAAUGUGAUAGCCUGAAAGUUGAGGAACAUAUUGGGAUGGACGAUAGUCGGAGAGACGAACGUGCAGCAUUCGAGGCAAGGUGCAUCGUCGCGGGCAAGGCCCAAGUGUAUACGUGUCACAUAGAUGGCGAUGGCAUUAUCUCGAGGACCCGAGUUUUUCACGCAUGA